AUGAGUACACCGGUAUUUAAACCUGUGACCCACGUCAUUUUUGAUUUGGAUGGAACUCUAUUAGAUACGGAGCAGAUUCAUAAAAAAACGUAUACGAAAAUCGCCAAUGAUUUUGGUAAAGAAUUUCCCGAUGAUUUACGUUUACAAAUCCUCGGAAAACAAGAAAUGGAUGUCGCUAAAUUGAUAAUCAGCACAUUGCAACUAAAUUUGACACCCGAAGAAUUAUUAGAAAAAGCUCGUAUAAUAGAAGAAAAUGAACUAAAAAACGUAAAACUUAUGAACGGAGUCGAAGAUCUGUUGAAUCAUCUCUGUCAGCACAAGAUACCCAUGGCGAUUGCAACGAGUAGUUCAGAGGACGGUUUCCGCAUGAAGACGAAUCAUCUAAAGAAUAUAUUCACCGUGUUUCACCACGUGGUCACUGGUUCUUCGGAUCCGGAAGUAAAAAAUGGCAAACCAGCACCAGACAUCUUCAAAAUAUGCGCUUCAAGGUUUCCGGGGAGCCCAGCAAACUGCAAGUGCAUGGUGUUCGAAGACUCGCCCAAUGGAGUGACUGCGGCUUUAGCGGCCGGCAUGCAAGUGGUUAUGGUACCCGAUCGCAUGUUGCCAAGAGAAUUUACUGCUAACGCUACAUGCGUUUUGGACUCCCUGGAAGAUUUCUGUCCGGAAAUGUUUUCUUUGCCACCACGUGAUUCCUCGGGUUCACGCUCUUCUUAA